UCUUUCGUACUUUCUGCCUCUGGUGGUUCUGGAGAAUCUGGGUCCCUGGUGGGCUCAUGCUCCCAGCCCUGGGGGACCUGCCUCCAGGCUGGGCUCAGUGCCUGAGCUCUGGCCCCACUGAGGCCUGCUCACUCGGGCAUGUGGCCAGCCCCAGGCCGCCUGGGCUCUCAGGUCCUCACUCAGGCUGAUGCUCCUGCUACUCAUUUCCGCUGAUGUGGACACUGGCCGGGGGAGUGCUGGUCCUCUCUCUAGUGAGUACUGCCCACUGCUGCUGAAGGCCCCUGCUCAGGAUGUGUCACCGGCCACCAGGUGGUGCUCAGGUUGCUGAGGCUGGCUGGUCUCUGUCAGCCUCCAGAGUCUGCAGACCUCACCCAGGGUGGGGGCCUGGGGGCAGGACCAAGGCUCAGUCACAGCGCAAGAGCCUCAGGGGACUUGGGCACAUCUGCUCCAACCUCCUCUGCAGACUGAGGCAGGAACUGCACCCGCCAAGAGGGGAAGAGAGUUCAAGGUCACUCCAAGGAAAAUGGCAACCUGAGAAGGGCCCAAGAAUGUCGUCCCAGGCGGCAGGGAACCAGACCUCAUUCUUGGGGGCAACAGAUGACUACUACAACAGCUGGUACAUCGAUGAGCCCCAGGGGGACAAGGACCUCCAGCCAGAGGGGGCUGUGCCUUCCUGUGACCCCAGUGUGCCACCUGGCCUGUUCCAUGCCUGCCUGGCCCCGCUGUCGAUCCUCGUGCUGCUGCUGCUGGCCGUGCUGGUGAGGCGCCACUGCCUCUGGCCUGGCUGUGGGCAUGGCAGGCCCAGACUGCCCAGCCCUGUGGAUUUCUUGGCUGGGGACAGACCCCAGACAGUGCCUGUUGCCGUCUUCAUGGUCCUCUUCAGCUCCCUGUGUUUGCUGCUCUCUGACGAGGACCCGUUGCCCUUCCUGACCCUUGCCUCACUGCCCAACUCAGAGUCCUGGAAGAUUCUGGCCCUGCUCUAUUAUCCCGUUCUCUACUACCCUUUGGCUGCCUGUGCCGUGGCCGGGCCCAGAGUUGCAUACCUGCUUGGCAGCGUACUGUCCUGGGCUCACUUUAGCAUCCAGGUCUGGCAGAGGGCAGAGUGUCCCCAGACGCCCAAGAUUUACAAGUACUACUCGCUGCUGGCCUCUCUGCCUCUUCUACUGGGCCUUGGAUUCCUGAGCCUAUGGUACCCGGUGCAACUGGUGCGAAGCUUCACCCACAGGACAGGAGCAGGCUCCAAGGGGCUGCAGAGCAGCCGCUCUGAGGAGUAUCUGAGGAGUCUUCUUUGCCAAAAGAAGCAGGAAAGCCGCUCCUGUCCUACCUCCAAGCAUGGCUUCCUGUCCCGGGCCUGGAGCUGCUGCCAACGCUACACCUACACUCCACAGCCAGGAUUCCGCCUCCCCUUGAAGUUAGUGAUCUCAGCCACCUUGACAGGGACAGCCAUUUACCAGGUGGCCCUGCUGUUGCUGGUGAGCGUGGUUCCUACCAUGCAGAAGGUGAGGGCAGGUAUCACCACGGAUGUCUCCUACUUGCUGGCUGGCUUUGGGAUCGUGCUCUCCGAGGACAGGCAGGAGGUGGUGGAGCUAGUGAAACACCAUCUGUGGGCUCUGGAAGCUUGCUACAUCUCGGCCUUGGUCCUGUCUUGCAUACUCACCCUCCUGCUCCUGAUCCGCUCGCUGACAACUCACAGGGCCAACCUUCAAGCUUUGCACAGAGGGGCUGCCUUGGACCUGGGCCCCCCACUCCAGAGCACUCGACCAUCCCGCAAGGCCAUAUUCUGUUGGAUGAGCUUCAGCGCCUACCACACUGCCUUUACCUGCUUCGGGCUCCUGGUACAGCAGAUCAUCUUCUUCCUGGGGACUACAGUCCUUGCCUUCCUGGUGUUUGUGCCUGUGUUGCAUGGCAGGAACCUCUUCUUCCUACGAUCCCUGGGGUCCUCGUGGCCCUUCUGGCUGACUCUGAUCCUAGCUGUGACCCUGCAGAACAUAGCAGCCCACUGGGUCUUCCUGAAGACUAACCAUGGAUACCCAGAACUGACUAACCGGAGAGCACUCUAUGCAGCCACCUUUCUCCUCUUUCCCAUCAACAUGCUGAUGGGUGGGGUGGUGGCCACCUGGCGAAUGUCCCUCUCUGCCCUCUAUAACACCGUCCACCUAAGUCAGAUGGACCUCAGUCUGCUGUCAUCACGAGCUGCCACUCUGGACCCUGGCUAUUGCACAUACAGAAACUUCCUGAAGCUGGAGGCCAGCCAGUCGCAUCCUGCUGUGACGGCCUUCUGCACGCUGCUCCUUGCAGCUCGGAGUCCUUGCCUCCAGGCUCCAGUGGACCCCAAGGGAAAUCUCAGAACUGGGGAGGAAGAAGAAGGGUUGCAGUUGCUCCAGACAAAGGACCCUAUGGCCAAGGAAACGGGGCCUAGAGCCAGCCGGAACAGGGCCCGCUGGGGUCUGGCCUACACGCUACUAAACAACCCAGCCCUGCAGGCCUUCCGGAAGAAAGCUCUCUCAGGUGCCCAGGCCAAUGGUGCUCAGGCCUGAGGGCAAGGAAGGCAGCCUGCUUGCCCUGUGUGUUGAGGCACGUGCCCAUCUACCCUCCUCCCCCGUUCUCUGCACACCACCCCAACCAUGGCAGCCCCUCCCCUUAGCAGCAGCUUAGCCAGCAGGUUCUUGGGAUCAAGGUCCCAGUGACUAGCUGAGGCCUGGGGUCACUGAGGUUGAAUGAAGGUUUGUCCCUCCUACGAGCCUUGGAAGAAUUCUCCUCUGCCCCUUUGGUCUUGGGAAUUGUAGAGAGGACUCUGGAGAAAGCAACUGGGGUGGGGGUGAGGGUUAGGGUUGGUCCAGGAGCCAGUGGAGCAGGGUGACCACAUCCAAGCCCCUCCCCACCCUGGCUCUGCCACCAACCUUGCAGGGCCUCACUGAGGCCUCUUCUGAACAGGCUCCGUGAUUCAGGGCCAGGAAAGCCCUGCAUUCCAGCUCAGCCCCACCUCAGUGUUGGCCCUCCCUGGUUGCCAGAGCGCUCCCUCUCCCCCAGCUCUCCCCUCUCCUCUCCUCCGGGAGUGGCUUGAAGGUUCCCCAGCUGUGGGGCCUGCAAGGAAGCCCAUGAGGAAGACGUGGGCUCCUGACUGGCGGUGAAGUCACAGCCCUGGCCCCACCCUGAGCUGCCCACUCCUGAGAGCCAGAUAUUUUUGUAGUUUUUAUGCUUUUAGCUAUUAUGAAAGAGGUUAGUGUGUUCCUGGUAAUAAACUUGUCCCUGAGAAACA